GGAGAAAACGAAUGGAAACACAGGUGGCAACUGACAACCUUUUUCAUUUAUUUUCCCAUUAAAAAUUCAUAAAGGAUUGCUAAACGAGCACGCUCCCCCCUGGCCUUGGGCUACUCGACACGACUUGGCGAAUUUGCCUUCCUCGUUCCUCCGAUCCCAGGCGAAUCCGCACCCAGCGCCGCGAUGGAACCCGAAUCCGCCGUGGCCGUCGUGACGGUGCCGUUCCCGGCGCAGGGCCACCUGAACCAGCUCCUCCACCUCUCCCUGCUGCUCGCCUCGCGGGGGCUCCCCGUCCACUAUGCCGCGCCGGAGCCGCACCUCCGGGAGGCCCGCGCGCGCCUCCACGGCUGGGGCUGCGGCGGCGCUGGCGCCGGGUCCCCGUUCCUCACCGCGGUCCGCUUCCGCGCGCUCGAGGUCCCGGCGCACGCGUCCCCUGCCCCGGACCCCGCGUCCCCGUUCCCGGUGCACAUGCUGCCCCUCUUCGAGGCCUUCUGCGCCGGCGCGCGGUCCCCGCUUGGCAAGCUCCUGGAGGAGCUCUCCGCGUCCCACCGCCGCGUCGUCGUCCUGCACGACCGCAUGGCGGCGUUCGCGGCGGGGGAGGCCGCGCGGCUGCCCAACGCCGAGGCGCUCGGGGUGCACUGCCUCGCCGCCUCGUACAACGUCGGGUGGGCGGACCCCGGGCACGCGCUCCUGCGGGACCACGGCCUCGUCUUCCACCCGUCCGACGCCUGCGCGACUAAGGAGUUCGUCGCGCUCGCCAGGCGGAUGGGCCAGGAGCGCAGGCGCGCACCCGGCGCCGGCAUGGUCGUCAACACCUGCCGCGCGCUCGAGGGCGAGUUCCUCGACGUGCUCGCGGGGAUCCCCUCUUCGGAUGGCCCCAAGCUGUUCGCCGUUGGGCCUCUGAAUCCGGUGCUCCUUCCCGGCACGACCGGGAGCGCGCGGCACGAGUGCCUGGAUUGGCUCGACAAGCAGCCGUCGUCCUCCGUGCUCUACGUCUCCUUCGGCACGACGUCGUCGCUCCGGCCGGAGCAGGUGCGCGAGCUGGCCGCCGCGCUGCGGGACAGCCGCCAGCGGUUCAUCUGGGUGCUGCGCGACGCCGACCGCGCCGACAUGCGGGACGAGGCCGCGCCGGAGAGCGGGGCGCGCCUCGCCGUCGCGGCGUCCGAGCUCGGCGACGCCACGGCACGGGGAGCCGGCGUGGUGAUCACCGGGUGGGCGCCGCAGCUGGAGAUCCUUGCGCACCGCGCGACGGGGGCAUUCAUGAGCCACUGCGGGUGGAACUCCACCGUGGAGAGCCUGAGCCACGGGAAGCCCAUCCUGGCGUGGCCCAUGCACAGCGACCAGCCAUGGGACGCCGAGCUCGUGUGCAAGUACCUCAGGGCCGGCAUCCUCGUGCGGCCGUGGGAGCAGCGCCACGACGUCACCCCGGCGGCCGCGGUCCGCGAGGCGAUCGGGAGGGUGAUGGCCUCGGACGAAGGGGCGGAGAUGCGGCGGCGGGCGGCGGCGCUCGGGGAGGCCGUCCGCGGCGCCGUGGCCGAGGGUGGGUCGUCCAGACAGGACCUGGAGGAGCUCGUCGCUUACAUGACGAGGUGAUCGGGGCGGCGGCUGUGCUGCAUGGUGCUGUUCGAAUUGGUGAUGAUUUGAUGUGUUAUUUAAGACUGACUUUGAUUGUUACUGAUGAUGAAAGCGAAGGUCUAUGGUUUUCAUUUGGCACUUGCCAGAUGUCGUCGACUAAGUCAAUUAGCAAGUUACCAGCUUGAAAGCCUUGAAUA